AUGAAACAAAAUUUGACUUUUGCGGUCAUUUUAUUGGCCAUGCUUUCCAUGAUCAAUGCCACCCCACUUCAUAAAAGAAAAACUGUAUUUCAGAAUGGUACCGCUAUUCCAGGUACCUCCCCUCUCAAUGUAGCAAUAACGCCUGAUCCUGUCCAAUCAGGAAAGAACGUAACCUUUACCAUUUCUGGAAGUUUUCAUGACUCUCCGCUCAAGUCAGAUCCCGUGACAGAAGUUGCAUUUGCUUAUGCUACUUCAUCUAAUCCAUGUAAUGUGCCCACAACCAGUCAGCGUGUUUGUAGUGACAGAAGUGACAGUAGUGACACAAUCAAGUGUCCAGUUACCGAUUAUAAUACAACUAUAAUAGUUCAGGUACCAGCCGAUUUACCCACUGACGACUAUCUCAUUACAGUCAUGAUUACUGAUGACAAUUAUGAUGUGCUUGCUGUUGCAUCUGCUGAUGUUAACUAUGUAACCCAAUGCCCGAUUUGA